AUGUCAUCAACAGUCGAGACCUCGAUCCGAUUUGGAACAGUUCUAAUUGCGUUAGUGUCCUUUUUCGUUAUCAACCAGCCACGAACCGAUGGUUUCAAGUACAUUCAGGCUUGGUCGGACGAAAAGCCAAUCUGCAGCAACAGUAAUCAGAAACUCUUGUCACUGUUUAACUUACUCUGUAACAGCACCCAAACCACGUCGAUAACAGCGCGAGAUGCCUGCUACGGGUGUUUUUUUCGCGCCGGAAUUCUCCCGUCAGGACAAACGCAGCUACUCGCGAUCAGUCAAUGUGCAACGCUCUAUCUCACCAACACCAGCUACGCCACAUGCUCCAGUGGAUUGGCGGCUAUUGCGACUGGAUUGCGGCCAACGACCCCACCGCUCCUGGGAACCAACUGUUAUACCGGUUACUGCGAGUUCGUUCGGUGUGUUCGUCGGAUCAACGCAAACACACUGAUUAACCAGUGCAUUCUGCAGACGCUGAACAAUCGAAAUCUGAACCUGGAAUCCGAUCGGGUAGGAUUCUACACGAACGCCACAUCCUGCAUCCUGGCCAGAGCUCGCUGCAACGCUUACAACCCCAUUACCGGGGAGCUCCAGACACCGUUCACCCCUAGUAAACCAUUGCUGGGCCUGCAGAGUACGGAUAUUCUUGCGAAUUCCUUACAAGUGUCACCCCAGGGAGAUAUCCGAAUAAUUUCCUUUCCCACCCAGAUUGUUGUUUCGGAUCUUUUCUGCUCGACCCGAACCAGCCUCGAUCAGGCCAACUACGGAGAUUCGGUAUGUUAG